CGUUCUCUAAUCAAGACAUUCAGAUCGAUACCAGUUUUUAUUUUUUAUUAUUAAUUUUUUUGCGGUAAGCAUUGUAGAAUUGAACGAAAGAACACUCAUCAACCGAACCGGUUUUACGAAAUGACGUUUCGCGGUAAAAAAUAAAAGUAUAAGCACUAAAACUCGAAUAUACUAUGUACAUACAUAUAUACAUACAUCAAUAUUUACAAACAUGCAUAUGUAUUAAAAAUGUUUGCAAAUUUCUCGGCAUGAAAAGAGCGAUUGAGUUUUUGUGUCGUAUCAAAACAAAAUCACAUUAUCUCUCAUUGCUCUGCUGAUAAUAAAACCGAGUGCCCAAGAGCAGAACGAUGAACAGUUGAAGCUGAGCCGUAAAAGGCUUUGGAUCGAUUAAAACGCUAGAACGGUGUAGCAUCAGUAAAAGCAAGAAAACACAACGCGUGUUUUUAAAAUGCAAAGUAACACCUUACUCUUACUGCUCGGCUUGAUAUUUUGUAUUAAUCACGUUUCGACGGGUAAAACAGAAUGUCCGCGUAUUAAGUUGAAACGUCAGUGGGGCGGAAAGCCGGCAAAAUCACUAACAUAUCAAGUGCGUCCCAUAAACUACGUUAUCAUACAUCAUACAGUUUCCGAUGAGUGUAGUGAGUUUUUGAAAUGUGCAGCGAUAUUGCAGAAUACACAAACAUAUCAUAUGAAUGAUUUGGAUUAUGAUGAUAUUGGUUAUAACUUCCUCAUUGGCAAUGAUGGCAUUGUUUACGAAGGCACUGGCUGGGGUGUGCGCGGCGCACAUACUUAUGGUUAUAAUAUGAAUGGCACGGGUAUUGCAUUUAUCGGCAAUUUUGCAGAAAAACUGCCAUCUCGUUCUGCUUUAACUGCGGCGAAGAAGUUGCUCGCCUGCGGUGUUAAAGAGGGCGAAUUGGAUCGAAAUUAUAUACUUUUGGCUGCUUCACAAGUUUCCAGCACACAGAGUCCAGGUUUAAUAUUAUAUAAUGAAAUACAAGAAUGGGAUCACUGGAGUUUAGUUCCUUAAAUAUGUAAAAGAAAUAUUGAAUAUAAUUGCACUUUAUAGUAAUUGUUUAAACACAUUAAGUUUAAUUUAGUUUUAUGCGAUAUUACAAAACAUUUACCAGAACUCUUCACUUCACUUUUCAUAUAUAAAAUACAGUUACUUCACAGAAA